AGACUUCCUAUUGGGUUCUCACGGAACUCUCCAAGAUGGCGGCAGUGUCAACCUGCGGCCCUGGCCCUGGGAAUCGUGGGUCUGAGGCGGUGGCGGUAGACAGGAGCAGCGCCACUAGCUUCCAGAGGAGGGGUCCCAGAGCCGGCGGUACCGACGGCAGCGGCCUUCGCCUGGUGUCCAUUGCGGGCACCCGGCCGUCGGUGCGGAAUGGACAGCUGCUGGUAUCCACCGGGCUCCCGGCCCUGGACCAGCUCUUAGGUGGAGGUUUAGCUGUUGGAACAGUUCUUUUGAUUGAGGAGGAUAAGUACAAUGUUUACUCACCACUGCUCUUCAAGAGUUUCCUGGCCGAAGGUGUUGUCAAUGGCCACACUUUGUUGGUUGCAUCUGCUAAAGAGCACCCUGCUGACACUGUACAGGAACUCCCUGCACCAUUACUUGAUGAUAGUUACAAAAAGGAAUUUGAUGAAGAUGGAUGUAAUGAUAAGACACCAGACUCUCACAUGAAGAUGAAAAUAGCUUGGCGGUACCAGUUAUUACCCAAGAUGGAGCAGGUUGGACCAGUGUUGUCUUCAAGAUUUGGUCAUUAUUAUGAUGUAUCAAAAAAGAUCCCACAGGAGCUCCUGCAGACUGCAAAAUGGCACGGCUUCUUUCUUCCAGACAACAUGCCUUCACCGCUCGCCCUGGAACCUGGCCACUUGACCCAUGGCUACACGAUGCUGCUUGAGUUUAUCAAGAAGGUCAUUUCUGAGGAAGGCGUUGAUGGAUCCAAUCCCCAGAAGAAACAGAGAAAUAUCUUAAGAAUAGGAAUUCAGAGCCUUGGCUCACCAUUAUGGGGAGACAACUCUUGCUGUGCAGAGAGCGGUGACAGCGGUCACAGCCUCACCAAGUUCCUCUACGUUCUCCGUGGUCUCGUGCGAACCUCACUCUCGGCCUGUGUGGUCACAGUGCCAGCACACCUGAUCCAGAGUAAAGCGAUUACUGCCCGUGUCACAAACUUGUCAGACACAGUAGUAGGCCUGGAAUCGUUUGCUGGUUCGGAGAGAGAAACCAACCCGUUCUAUAAGGAUUAUCACGGUUUGAUGCAUAUUCGGCAGAUUCCUCGGCUUAAUAAUUUGAUUUGCGAUGAAUCAGAUGUCAAAGACUUAGCUUUUAAGUUAAAAAGGAAGCUAUUCACCAUUGAGUUGAGUGGAGUGUCCUCGCAGGUCCCCAUGUGACAAGGCCUUUGGAGGAGGGAGGCAGCCAAUUGACCUACCGUGAUCCAAGCUGUCGCUGGCCUGCGUGGGACUCUGGCCUGCCCAGGGCGCUGGCCCAUCAGGAGCUCUGGUCCAUCCGGGGCGCUGGCCUGGCCUGGCUCUGUUGCAAAACUUAAUGUCAUAAACUGAGUUGGGUCUAAGGCUCCCACAUGCUUCUCCACAGCUGCAUUUCGCACAGGUGUCACGAGGAAAGCGUGGUAUGGGAGCAUCGAGGCGGUGGCCGAAGCAGCAGCCUUCGGUCGUGGGGGAGCAGGGUGAGCCGGGGCGCUGAGUGGCCUCAUCCCCAGGUGCCACACUGGAACUUCUGUGGAUGUCCUUGGCGUAGCCCAGGAGCAGGGUGCAGUGUUCCCAGACACGGCGCUCCCCCGCGUCCUGUGCGCAUUUGAGGGAAAAGAGUGCGCAGCUCAGGUGAACAGAGACCCCGCCUUUCCGGUUUCCCUGCCUAGGCACUUGCGGUUCUCAGAGGGUGUAAGAUCAAGUCUUUUCCUCGUCCGUCCUUCCCUGGCCCAGAACUCUAAUGCUUCCUGCAUGCGCUCCUGCAGCUCUGUGCUAGAGGUAGCUUUUGGGGUGCCCCGGGUUCCGGAAAUGCCUGCAUACCUGGCCCCGUGAGCUGGAAGGUUCCCCCUCCGUCCCUCGGGGUGCUCAGCUGCUUUGCUGGUCCCUCCCCGGCUCCUCCACUUUAGGGAAGACUAGCCUGCCCAGCGUGGCCAUCACCUUUUUAAAAUUCUCUCUGUAACAUUUCUAGGUUACUGUAAUUAUUUGUAUCUUCCGGUUUGGUUUUUCUGCCUUACCAGUAAAUGAUCAGUUCCACAAGCCAGGGACAUACAUAGUCUGUUUUGCUGGAAGUCCUUAGCCGUGUUGUUAAAUUGUUGUUCCUACGUCUACCUAAGUUUCUUUAAAACGUCUAUCUGGUAUGUCCUUUGUCCAAGGAGUUGAGUUGGAUGCUUCUGCUUUAACAUAUGUAAAUCUCACCUUAGUCCCCUAGGAGCCCCAGUGUGUGCACCGUUGCAGGGAGUUCAGAGUCCCUUCCCCAAGAGACACGUCGGUAGUUAACAAAAUUAAAUCUAGAACUUUGAACUCUCUGAGCAGAAUUACACUGGAAAACUAACGUGUUCAGGAGCUAAUUAUUGUCAAUAUAAGAAAUGGUAGGUUUUAUUAAGUGUUAGCACUGUCAUGGAACUAAUGCAGGUGCUUCCUGGGCAUUAGUAGAUAUCACAAGUAUCCUACAUUAUUAUUAUUAUUAUUAUUAUUAUUAUUAUUAUCCACUUUACAAGGGAGGAGACUUACAGUUCAGCAAGUGAGCGUCUGGUAGCCAAGAGCUACCAGAAAUAGCACAAUUCCAGUCUGUUAGAUUCCAAAGCUUAGAUACACCAAGUCGUAAGAAGCAUAUACCUGCCUUGUACACUUGUGUCUCCAUAUGUGUUUUACAAGUGCAUAACUUCAGCGCCUACCCAGAGAGCCUCUGCCCUAAAAAAUUUCUUCGUAAGAAAUACACUUUUAAAUCAGGGACCUAAAAAAAUCUGUGUAUGUGUAUAUAUGUGUGUAAUGAGUGCAUAGGCAUAUGAGAAUAUGAAUAUUCUCUUAACUUUCAAGUUAAAAGUUUCUGUCUAUAGCAAACAUUCUAUUCUAUUUUUGUGACAUACAUUAUGAAAUUUAGGUUGAGUUAGUCAGCUUCUUGCUUACAGAACGUAAUGCAAGUCUGUAUUUAAACGUGUACAUAUGUAAUUACAGCAAGGUAAAAAUACUGUUCUUUCCUUUUUAAUUAUUUCUGGUAUCUACAAAGUAUUUUAUUAUGAAAAAAUUAAUUGGCAAAAAAAUUUCCUUAAGUACAAAUUUUAUAGGACUCAUAAAUCCUACGUAAGAAAGAUAAAUUAUUCUCUACAAAAAAUGUGCUUCCUAUUCGUAGUCAACUAUUAUGAAAUAAUUGAAAUAUAUGUUAAAUUUCAUUGCAAUGUUUCAUUGCCUUCACUUAAGUUCUUUAUUCAGGGACCUUUGCAAAUAUGCAUUUGCUUACAAAUAUAAUUACUUAAUGUAUUUUAUGUUUUUCUAAAUUAUAUUUGUUAAUUGUAUAGCCUUGAAACUUGCCUGUGAAAUAAAGAUGUACAAUAAGCAUCUACUAAAAUCAACUUUUUGAAUAUCUAACAUCUGCCUCCUUUAUCAUAAUCAGUUCUAAUGAAGGUUCAAGUUGUUCUGCAAAAGGCUUCUUUAACCCUUUGCAAGUGUUUUAUUUGUUGGGAAUUCUCAAGAGUAAGAUUCUGUAGUCUUGUGUUGGAAGAUAUUUUCCUGUUUUAUUAAUAUUUAAAAGUUUCUUGCAUUUUAGUCAUGUGAAGGAAUUAUGUUCAUCAUUAGGAAAACAUGAUAUCAAAUAUACACUUUCAGUUUUUAAAAGCUAGGCCUGGGGAACCAGAGAAUGCGAGGUGUGAUGGAAAUGGCUUUAGGCCCCAAACUAGUAAAAGAGGCCUCCUAUUUCUUAGAAAUUAAAAUUUUGGCAGCGUCAGUGGGGCCACCAUUCAGCACCACAGUGCAUGUUCCGGAGAUUGAGGCUCAGACCCUAUGGGCCUGGUACAGCAGAGCUGGCUGAAUUGUUUUGUCAGGUGCUGUCAAGUCAACCUGCUACCGAGGGAGAGAAGCUGACUGAGUCAUUUCGACGUGAGCUCUCCCGAAAUAACUCAUAUGAGCGGUUUAGUAAGAUUGUUGGUUUCAGUUUUUUUGUAAGACUGUCAAACAUGGAUUGCACUCAUUCGUAAAUUUCUGAGUAUAUCAGUUGAAAUACUGGGUCCUAUCCUUUACUGAACUGUUUAAGUAUCAGUAUUCAAUACAGAUAACACUUGAAACAUGUUUGGGUGUUUUUGGGAUAUAGGAUUCUUCACCGAAUGUUUUCAGGUAAUAAGACUUCAAAGUGUGCAGUCAUUUAGUAAAAAGAGCAUCUUUUACUAAAAUUAAAACAUUAUGUAGUGAAAUGAAGCUGACAGCAACUUUGAUUUAACUAGCUUUGUUUCUAGCAGUUACUGCAAGCGAGGUUGUGUUUAGAUUUCUUAAGUUUGUAAUUGUGAAUGUUCUAAAUAUUUAAUUCUCAUGACUAAAAAGAAAACCUCUCUGAUUGGUGGUUACUUUAAAAGGCAUGGCUAUGGUGUAGAGUCACAUUUUUAUGUGCGUAUUUUGAUAUAGGGUGUUGUUUUCCUUGGGAUUUCUGCUUGGUACCCUCAAAAACAUUUUACUGACUUAUACUGUAGCUGUGGCAUAGCACUGAAGAAGUUUGUAACAAAAAGCCUGUUGGUGCAAUUAAAGGUCACUUGUGCAUAUUGUAAUAGGCUGCUCAUUUACAAGGUCUUUGUGAAGGGUCAGCGCUGCAGCACGAAAUGAGUUGUCCUUGUGGAGCCUCUAAGUAAGUGGGUUAGCUGUGGUCAGGAAGCAGGGGAGGGGCUCACACAGUACUGGUGCUUUAAUAUUUUUACAAACAUCGCUAAAACGGAGAACAUAGCCAAAUACAUAUAGAAAAUUAUAGAAUGCAUCUUUGCAGCGUUUAAGGGAAAACUGCUUAUACACGUGCAAUAUUCCUAUGUAUCACAUUAGGAUAACAGUAUUUUCUUUGCUUACUACUUUAUGAUUUCUGGUAUCUGGUAAGUAUUUUAUUAUAAAAAAAAUUAGUUUACAAAAAAAAGUUAACAUACACGGAUCAGGACAAAUCAGCAGAAGAACACAGUGACCUGUUCACUGUCCUGUGCCCUGGAACCGUCCUGUUUCACUGUGACUCUGUUUACACAGCCAUUCAUUAAUACUGAAACCCAAACCCUGCCAUGGAUAGAGAUGAAAGAGGUUUAUUUUAAUAGUGGUUUUAAUUAUCUUCCGUAACCUAAUUCUGUCAGGGGAACUAAGGUGGUGGUCUAGGUCAAGUAUUAGUGGUGUUCUCUACUGAAUGAAUGUAGUCACCUGCUUUUUCAAUAAAUUCAGACUUCAGAAUAAAAAUAAAGCCAAUGAUAAAAAAAUGUAAUCUUUCUAUCAUGGUGUGGAGGCUUCGGAAGAUACGACUAUUGAAGGAGGUGUGAUAGCGUCCAGUGUGGGUCUGUUUCCUUCACCACUGUGCUCCCUUUCCUCGCUCGGUAUCUGGCCACGCAGUGCCCAGCGAGUGUGCAAUGAGUGAGUGUGCAAUGAGCGAGUAAGCUCAGGUCCCCUUGACACACCUCAAAACGUGUAGGGGAGUGCGCAUGUGGAGCUGGCACUGCUCCAGUGUCAGGAGCACUGAUAGUGCUAAGAGGUGCUCUGUGGGUGCCCCGUAUAUUGUGAAGUUUUGCAUGGACAGCCUUCAGCAAACAUCACCCAACAGUCUUGUUAACUGGAACCAACAGUGCUUGGCCCGAAGUUCGUAGGUAGCCAGGGACAGGAGUGUCCAGUUAGGGAUAUGUGAUGGAUGCGCUACCUGAGCCCUUCCCUCACCAUCGUUUUAUUGACAAACAUUAUUUUGAAAGCCUCGUUUGAAAGGUCUAGUUUAUAAACUUCAGUGAAGAGUUUCUCACUGCCUUCCUUAUGCCAACCAUUAGGGUUAUGCUGGGCUGUCACAGUCCUCAGGGUGGGAGAAACUUGCCCAGUGCCUGCGGGGAAGCGCUACACUUCUGUAACUCCCACUGGCCGGCAGGUGCCUGGUAAUGCCCUGGGCCAUGCGCCGUGUGUGGUUCAUUUUAUGGCCUAUGUGUUUUCCUUUCUUUUAACAGAAAAAAGAACAUCAUAAGUUUGUCAAAUGUGUGAGUUAUUAAUGAAGUAACCGUAUAAAAUGCAGUUUGAAUACAUUUUGAGUGCUUUACAGUUUUAAUUUAGAUACACUUUAACAGUAACAUAACUAAUAUAACUUGCAUAGUAGGAGAAGCCAAGGGGAGUGAGCCUUAUAGGAGAAACCAUCCCACUGAACCUUUUGGGCACACGCAGCCAGCUCCCAUCUAGCUUGGCUGUUUAAGAAUUCCCUCCUGGCAAGUCAUUCUGAUCCCGUAGAAAUUUAAAUUAAGGGCAGUUACGUUCAAAAGAAAAAGCUGUAUCAUGUAUAAUUUAUAUUUUCCUCACACAAGACAACAUAUAAAUAGUACAAUGAAUUGUGUUUUGGAGGUAGGACCCAGUCUUCGCAGCACUAUAGCACUGUACAUUUUUGUCUGUGCAUCAUGAAAAAGAACCUCUUUUUGUUUUUUGUUUUUUUGGUUUUUUUUUGUAUUUUUACUGAUACCGGGGAUUGAACUCAUGACUGCCUGCUUGCAAGGCAGGCGCUUAUGCCACUGAGCUAAAUCCCAUCCCCAAGAACCUCUUUUUUAAAGGCCUGCUUUUUUUCCUUUUUGAGACAGGGCUUCACUAUGUGUAGUUCAGGCUGGGCUUGAGCUCACUUUGUAGCCCCGGCUAGUCUUGAAAUGGCAACAAUUCUCGUUUUUUGAGAUAGGGUCUCACUAUGUAGUUCAAACUGACCUUGAGCUGACUAUGUUGCCCAGGCUGGCCUUGAUCUUGAAGGGAUCCUCCUGCCUCGCCUCCCAAGUGCUAGAAUUACAGGCGUGUGCCACCACAUCCCAUGGGCCUACAAAUUUUAAUAAAGUUGUCAAUUGGUGGAUAUAAUUUAUAGUCUUAAAAUUAAGCAUUAUUUGAAAAAUAGCACAUACACCCUAUCACUUGAUGUGUAAUUUGCCCUUAUAGAAGAAAUACAAGCUUUGAGAAAAUACCUACCUUUUCUCAGACUGCAAUGAACAUCUCUGAGAAACUACAUACAUUAUAAAAGGAUAAAAUCAGAAGGGAGCUGAAGGUGCUUCAAAGCCACCUUCUUACUUUUCCACAUGUUUUCUUAUCCUGCCUCUCUGUCCUCAUGUGAAGACAGCCCAUGUUUCAGUCUCCCAGAUUCACUCAGGUGCUGACACAGUCUCUGCCACUGGUACUAACUUUGCUUUCCGAAUCCAUGCAUAAAUUGCUGUUUUCCUUACACUAUUGCUAGACUCAGAAUAAAUACCUAAUCUGUGAGAAAUAGUUAUACCUUGCAGAUGUAUCUUCUUUGUUGUCCUUAGAUUUCUUGUAUAAAACAAUAUGAAUUAGAUUGACAAUUUUGUGGAUUUUUUAUACCUUUUCUUAGAAUCUUGAGGAUGAAGCCCAUGUUAUAUUAAUACCUCCUUUUAAAGAAUCUUUUUCUCUUUUUUCAAAUAAAGCAUUCAUUACAGAUAUUAACAUAAGAGCUUUGAACUCUGAAGUAGAAAUGCUUUAGGAGUUACAGAAUCAUCUAAUUUCAGUGCUAAAAUUUAGUGUUUUUAUUUGUAGCAUGUUGUAUAUAUAGAUGACUUCAGAUGAUUAAAAGGAUAAAAACAUUAAGUGUGAGUUUUAAGUUUUAUAACUACUUAAGGUUAAUUUAUUGUACAGUAAGUGAAACAAAAGGUAGCAUUAAAUUUUUGAUGACAGGACGUUAAGAGGCAUAAUAACGUAUCUCUAAGAAGUAUCGAUGUUUACAGCAAAAGUACCCUAAGCCACCCCAUCCAGUGUCUACAAUUAAUAAUCAGAUUAAAACAGUUUUAAAGGACACUUCAGAGGAACCAUGUGUGGCUCAAGAAGUCUUGCUUAUUUUCACUUACAUUUAAGUGUAGAAACUUCUGAGACAAGAAAGAAAGAUAUUGGAGCUUAAAAUCUAAAUACGAUGUUGGAAUGUAGUGUUGGUGCUAGUAAGAUUAUUUUUAAGCCAUAGGAAACUUGAAUUGGAAUAUUUUGGCAUUUUUAGGUAGAAAUUUAUAUAUAAAUGCAUUCAAAUGAAAAGUGCUUUUAUUUAAGCUAUGCAAAUGAUUAUGGUUUCAGUAAUUAUAGUAUAAUGUCCUUGAUACUUGGAAAUUAUUUUAAAAUUAGGUGAAACAAAACCCCUUUUCAGAGUGUUUAUAAUGUGGAACAGAAGAGUGUAUGAAACUAUACAGAAAGAACUCAACUUAGUGUUUUCAGCUUAAUAAAAAUGUUGUAAAAAUACUUGUAAGCUUGAAAAUCACACUAGCUAUUCUUGUUUCAAAUUCUGUUUAAUAUAUUGUUCUGUAUGAUUUUAUAAUAAACAGAUUACUCCUUGAACAGGAAUUAAGAAUAAAGCUGCCAGGAAGGGGUUUUGUUGUCGGAGUAGUUCCCGCCUCGUGUUUUGUAAGAGAUUUCAUGGUCCCAUUGUAAAGAGCAGAUGAUUUAAAACGUGUUCCCAAGAUAAACUUUCCCAUUGUCAUUAAUGAGGAUGGAUAAUACUGAGUGACAAGUGCAUUAGCAGUGACACAGAGAGAGCUGUUAGAUUUGUCAGGACAGAUCACUUCAGGCCUGACACUUAUGGACAUUCUUUCUGGGGGAGGUGGGGGGGUCUAGUUAAAGACUCCAAAGUUUGUGUUUGCUAAUAGAAUCGUAUAUUCCGCAGUUUAUCAGUAUAUGUAUUUUCAGUGUUCAUAAAAUAUUUGGAAAAUUUCUUAGAUUGAGUUCUUUUUUUUCAUGCUUUUCUAAUAUCCUGAGUCCUUCCUAAGAAAGUCAUCAAACUAAGUAGCAUUUGAGUGUUAAAACAUUUCCAAAAACCGGGUUGUCUUCUUUAAAAGGUCUUAUUUCUUGGACUAUCUGACUAAAGGAAGGAUACUAAAAAUGGUUUAAAUUAUAAAUUAUGUAAGUGAUAAUUUUUGUUGCUUUAUUCCCACACAUGAAAGGUAUUGCCUUCUGAACAAAGGUUUUUAAAUAAAAAAUGCAUAUAAGUUAUAUUGCCUCUCUAAAAAUACAUAACUUCAGAGAGACAUUUUAAAUGAUAAUCAGCAAGUGAUUAAUAAUGUAUGACUUUUCUGGUAUUUAAAAUAUUUCCAAACUAUAAUGUGCCUCUCAGUUUCGAUUUUGAACGUGCAAUUGGUCACUUUUUCGCUUUGAUUCCUCUUCCAUGCUGCCAACCAAAUUUCAUCUCUCUGUACCUUUUUGACACUAAUAAUGGCUGAGGCUCUGUUCAUUUGAGUUCAAGAUUUCCCAAGCGGCAGUUUGGUGCUGGGCUAAACUAUCUAUCAUGAUUACAUUGCACUAAUCUGCCGCGCCCAGACCAGCUUGUGACUGAUAUCGCCCCUGACAGCUCACCUCUUCGUGAUGAGCAGAGGUGAGCCUCGCAGCACACUGUCCCUGGGCCGCCAGGCCACUUCUCCAUAUGCUGGCGGGCCCCACCCCCGGGAUGCAGCCCGCUAGCCCCUGUGGGGCCAGGAAGGCCUCCCUGGCCUUGCUGACUUUGGGUGGAUUACUUGCAGCACAGCACCUCUCCUAGACGCUCCGUAUGCACUUCCAGCCACUGUAAGUGCUGUGCGUAGGGUCUGUCAGCUCACCGUGUAUGUAAGACCCCAAGACAGUUUUUACAAUAUUUGUGCUUUCUAAAACAUAUUAUUUUAGAAUCACAAUUACCAAAUAUCAAGAUCUUCUAUUAGAUAACUCUUAGCAGAAUUAUCAUUUCUUUCUUUCUUUUUUUUUUUUUUUUUCGUUUUUAUCGGUACCAGGGAUCGAACUCACGACUGCCUGCUUGCAAGGCAGGCGCUUAUGCCACUGAACUAAAUCCCCAGCCCCGAGAAUUAUUAUUUCUUGAAAUAUAUCUGUGUUUUUAUGCUAGGAAAAUGUUUUUUAAGAGUUUAAUUCUGUAAUUUUCAUGUAAAAAUAUUUUUCAAAGAAGUUUCAUGUUCUUCCAAGAUUUUUUAUUUUUCAAGAUUUUUAAAAUAUGUUUGAAGAGAAUGAAUUGAAUACUAUACCAGAAAACAGUAUGUUUAUGAAGAUUCCAUAAGUAAUCUUAUUUUUACUAUUGCUUCUCAAGAGAAUCCACUUACUUUUCUGCAUCCUUUCUUUGGAAACCGAAGUGUCAUCAAACCCUUUGAGCUGACAGCCCGAGGAUGUUAAAUACCUCAAUAGCGAGUUUGCAAAAAGCUCUGUGACCUGACUUGGAAGAAUGUGUGCUGCGCAUUUGUCAGGCUGGAGGAUUGGAUGCAGACUCAAAUGAGAAAGGACAAGGUGGAGGUUAUUUCUGUGCAGGCAUGUGUGCUUCAAGACAGCUUUCCAUAGCCGAGUGUGGUGGCAAACACCUGUAAUCCCAGUACUCAGGAGGCUGUGGCAGGAGGAUCAUUGCAAGUACAAGAUUAGCCGGGGCUACACAAGCAGCUCAUGAACUGCAUAGCAAGACACUGUCUCAAAAAGACAAAAAAUAAUACCAACAAUAAUAAAAUAGCUUUCCAUGGCCACACAGAGACAAGUUCCCCACAAAGCCGAACCUGUCGUACCUUCCCUGGAGGCUGACACGUGCUUCUGCCUGAGAGGCGCCAGUGGCCACGAAGUUGGGCCUGCAGAGUUCUGUUAGGGCCAUGGUGACGAGCUCACAGUGGCCUGUUUGGGUCACGGACAGCUCUAAAAGGUGCGCUGUCCCCAGGUCAAAGGCAUCGCACAGUUGAGUAGAGUCAUCAUGGUCCUUUAUGUGGGAUGAAGCUCACUGUUCCCUAAGAAAGGUUUCUUCUAGAUGUUGUUUCCUGUAACUGUAAAGCAGCAGUGUGAUACUAAUUCAUUCUACACAAAGUUUUUAGGAAUUACACCUAAAGCUUCUAGCUCAGUGGCACAAAUGCCUGCCUGGCAAGUGCAAGAUUGUGAGUUCGAUCUCUGGCUCAAAAGAAAGAAAGGAAGAAAUUAUACCUAAAAUCAAAUAACCACCAAGUUAAUUUUGGAAAUUUAUGUGAAUGCAUUUAUUGAUAUCACACAGGUAGUGAGUGAAACAUUUAUAUGUUGGUUGCAGUAUAAAUACUUUUUAACUAAUAAGCUUAAUCUUUAGCUUUUAUUCUCUAUAUUUUAACUAAUGUAAUAAGUACAUUAAUUUAACAAGUUAUAUAAGAUAUAUAAUCUUACCAGCGAGCUGCAAAAUCUUAUCCAGUGAUAUGUAUUUCUAAAGAAGGGAAACUAUCCAAGUAAGUUAGAAAACUAUAUUUAUCCUUGAUGCCAAAAAUGAUUAAAAAUGGUCUAACUUAUACCCUCAUUCAUCUGAGGCAGCCUGAAUUUUGUGCUGAAUUUUAACUUAGGUCAUGCACUCUGUGAUCCAUUCACCCUAUCUUACCCAGCUACUCCUCCCCUCUAAUUACAUGAUCAUUAAAUGUACUUUUUAUUAUAGGAUGCACCACAUCAGUUUUUAAAACUAAAAUUACUUGUAUUUUUCCCACAAGUAUCUAUUUUCUAAUCAGAAUAGUUGGUAUUCCAUUAGCUUACAGUGAAUAUUGAAAAUUUAGAAAUGGUAAUUAUUGAAUAGUUAUGAUCCAAAAGAGUAAUAGCUUCACUUGGAAAGCAGAAUAGUCUUAUAUUAAAUUUAGAAAACAAGUAAACUAUAAUAUUGUAUCUAAUAUUUAAGUAAUUAUGCUUUUUGAGUUUUAAUACAACCUUUUAUCACAUUUUCAUGUACUUUCCAUAGUAUACCAUGAAUCCUAUAUGUGACAACUAAAAUGGCCAUGACUUUUAGUAAGCUGCAUAAAAUUACCCUGAAAAAUACCUUAAUACAGUCCAUGCAGCAAAAUUACCGUGCUCUUCAGAACACGCUUAGAAGUGAUUGGCAACACUCACGCCACUUGUUCUGUACAUUCAAGGAGUAAUUCUUCCCCACAGUUACUAUUUAAAGCAGGCCUGUUUUCUUUAGAUGUCAGACUGAAAUUCCCUUGGUGCUCUGUGUGUGUGUGUGUGUGUUAAGAGCUCUGUAGCAAGAAGUGUAAGAAAUCUGUCAGACUUUUAACUCUCCCACCCAGGAUGGAAGUGUUGGAUGCUCAUGUAGUAUACAUCCUGCAGCAGCGAACUUCAGGGACUAAUUACCUGAGAUGAGAGCAUUUCUGGAUAGAUACACUAGAUAUUUAUGCAGAUAUUGUCACGUGCAUUUUCAAUGUGGCCUGGUGCUUUGUAUUAAAAUCCACAUCCUGAGAACCCAGCUGUUUGCCUCUCCAACUUCCUCUUCCACCUGGAGCUCGAGGCUGCCCACCUGUCUCACCCACGUCUGCCCCACAAGUCACAGUUCCCUUGGACACUGAGGGUACAGUCCUCCUGCCCCUCCAGGCAUCUCACUAGCUCAGUCUCCUCCUAAAGUCUGCCGGCGGCCCAGCCCUCAGCUCCCCAAAGACGCCCCCACACUGUGCACACUGGGCACCCUGGGCAUCUGUUGCCUGUCCAGGCCCCAUGUCCGUUUGCCUGUCACAGUGCUUACAGUUUGACAGGAAGCCCUGCACCUUGAUGUCUCUACUGACACCUUCGCACCUCCAGCAGAGAUCUCACACAUAAUAGGUGUUCUGUAAAUAUUUGUGCUAAACACCCAAAUCUGUCUUUCAUGAGCUCACCCCUGGGACCAGGUUGUCUGCUUAUGAGGAAGAGCACUAGUAAUCAGCCCUGGGGACCAAACUGAGCUGCUGGAGUUGUCUCCUGAAGCCCAGCUCUUCUUGUCUUUUAAGGAUUUACACCCUCUAAGCAGAGCACCCCCUCAUACCAUUUCCCACUCAGUGCCCACCCACCCACCACACAGCUCUUCGCAGUGGCCUCCUGGUCCCUCACAAGCCUUCUGCUCAGCCGGGCUUGGCUUUUCCAUGAGAAACUGUGUUGCCUGGUGCACUCAUGGCCAUUGUGGAAGUUGAUUUCAAAUUGCAGUGGGCAUUAGCUAGUCUGUGUUCCCCCUCCCUCUUGGCUCUGUAGCCCGUGUAGGAAUCUAGCAUGGCUACCUGUCCCUGGGACAGAGACCAGGCUGGCCGGCCGAGCACUGGAACAGCGGAAGGGCUGGGGAGAUGACACCGUGGUGACACUGCAUGGUAGCAUCCAGGAGCACACAGCCAUCAUUCCCAGUCAGCUGGCGUUUAUAUCUGCCCUCACUUGAGUGAGACAUGGUUGUUACUUUAUGGUAAUUUGACACAGUGUAUAAAAUUCAGUUUGCCAAGUGUUGCGCCUCUGCCUUCUUCCUUUCCGGUUCUUAGAGCAUUUGGAGCCGCUCUGCAACUUGGGGACAAGGGUUUCCCCUGGGAACCCUCUCACAGUGAGCCUCACUGUCUCCCAAAGAGCUUCCCUUGCCCUCCAGAGUAAUAAUUUUACACUGCAGACAGCACAGAUGAGGACAGAAAUGUCGCAUUAUGAUGCAUCUCCAUGACACGCCAUGGUGGCACAGGUGGAGUGAGGAGAUUCCAGCAAGGAGAGCCUUUGGGCUUUUCUGUGGCUUCAAAAGUCAGGUUUCCCAGAUAUUUGUAUAAAUUGGGCAUUAAAAUAACCACUGUUAAAUCAUUUAUAAAAUUGUAAUCAUAUCUUGAAGUUUUAUUGAUGAAGUAUUUUUCCAAAACCGUACUUUUUCAUAGGUUAUUUUCUCCUGCUCAAGAAGAGGAAUUAUAGUUCUUUUUGUUAACUCUUAGCUAUAUUUGUUAAGCGAUUUCUUGCCUUAAUCUAUAUGUAAUGUAUUUAUCAUUUAGGAUACAUUUUUUUAAAAGCAUGUGUUAGUAAUUUGCAUAAUGCCAUAAUUACAUCUUUCAUCGGGAUAAUUAUGUAAAAGUAAAUAAAGGUAGGGCUAAGAUAAUACCUAAUUUAGGAUGUCUUUCAACUGUAAUGUUAUAAUUAAAGAUCUCAGGUAGAAAGAAAAGGGCCUCGGUUUCCUUACACAUCAGCCUCAUUUCCAACAUAAAACCAUAGAAGUCAGCUCAGUGGCUUCUCUGCUUGCACAUUUAAACACGGAGUCACAAGUGUCCACCUCGAGGCUUCCUCACAGGAAAAAGCUGCUCGCGUCUGCAGAAUGAACUUCGUGCUCCCCCAGGCUACCAGGCUGCCAGGGCCGCACCGGACUGGCCGCUGCAGCGGGAGGCAGGGAGGACAGCACGGACUGGGAGGCCGUCCUGGUCCUCCCGUGUGGUUCAGACUGGAGGGACGCUCCGCGAACGCCAGUGUGAAAGGCGAACGUCUGGGGUGCGCUUGAGCUCGCGGCGUCACAGGCAGUAGCUCACUGCGUGGAGCAAGGAGAGCGCGGGUGCUCGCACAGGGGCACCUGCCCCUUGCCCAGACUAUGGGCUCCUCUGAGUGCUGCCGCUUUCCUGCUGCAGGUGCCCGGGAAGAACCAGGACGGCUCACUGCAGCCUUCGGCUCCCCCAGGCCAUUGUUCCAAGCCACUCAGCUUGACUUUCCUAAUGGGAGCACAGGGGCUGUGAGCACGUGGCAGCCCAGUGACACUGUCAGACCUCUGUGGCAGGGUGCAGGGUUCCUCCACCCAGAAGUCUCCAGAAGAGUUUUCUUUAAGUUGGGUUGCUUUGGUUAAGAAAUAAAGUGUCACCUGGGUGUGGUGAUGCACACUAGAAUCCCAGCACUAGGGGAGGCCGAGGCAGGAGGGUCACCUGUGAGUUCGAGGCUAGCCUGAGCUGCUUAGCAAGACCCUGUGUCAAAAACAAAAAUGAGAGAGAGAA